AUGCCUACUCCAUCAAGAAAGGAAGAACCAGCAUUAUCAGUUGAUCCAGAAACUGCUAUUUUUCUUCCAAAUGGUGGAAAAUCAGAACAUAUGCUUGUGAAUAUAAGUGACAAACGAUUGGCUGUUAAAGUACGUUGUAGUGAUAACAGUUUGUUCCGAGUAAGUCCGGUAUAUAUGUUCAUAGAACCUGGCUCCUGUGGUAAUUUUGUGAUAACGAGGCUACCUGGUCCAGCAAAAUCGGACAAGUUGGUGUUUCAUUAUUUCUUUUGUAAACCCAACGAUCUGGAACCGAAGGAAGUGUUUAAAUCUAAUGCACAAAAAUCACCGGAAAUACUAAAAUUGCCAAUUAAUAUUAUUUCUUUUGAAGAUGCACCUAAGAUCGGAACCUCAUCUUCCUUUGCUGAUCAUCAAGGUCCUAAGUAA